AUGGAUCGCAAACUCGAAUAUCAUUGUAACUCAGUUACCAUGCCUCUUCUGGUUGAUUAUGAUCUGGAGCAACAAACCCUUUUAGCUAAUGAAGCCAAUGAAUUGAAGCCUGAAGGACAUGUUUCCAAAUUAGCCUCUACAUCAUUUUGCAAAACUUGUUUCAAUGGAAUCAAUGCUUUGUUAGGUGUUGGGAUACUCUCAAUCCCAUAUGCAUUAUCAUCUGGAGGAUGGAUAAGCUUAAUCCUUUUGCUAAUGAUAGCAUCCUCAGCCCUCUACACUGGCUUAUUGAUACAAAGAUGCAUGGACAUGGAUUCCACAAUCAGAAGCUACCCUGACAUCGGUGAUCGAGCAUUCGGAGCAAAAGGAAGAGCCCUUGUCUCCAUUUUAAUGCAUGCGGAACUUUACUUGGUGGCCACUGGUUUCUUGAUUCUUGAAGGAGAUAAUUUGUCAUAUUUGUUUCCAAAAGCGGGAUUUGAACUUGGUGGUUACAGUAUUGAUGCAAGACAAAGUUUUGUUAUCAUGGUUGGGCUUAUAAUACUUCCCACGGUUUGGUUGAAUAACAUGGGGGUUCUUUCAUAUGUCUCAGCUGGUGGUGUAGCUGCAUCUCUUGUGCUUCUUUGCUCAAUUUUGUGGAUUGGAGAAUUUGAUGGGAUUGGAUUUCAUGGAAAGGGAAGUUUUGUACAUUGGAAUGGAAUCCCCACUGCCGUUAGUCUCUAUGCUUUCUGUUAUUGCGCUCAUCCAGUUUUUCCAACCCUAUACACUUCCAUGAGAGAUCAGAAACAAUUUUCUAAGGUUUUGGUGGUAUGCUUUUUCCUCAGCACUUUAAUCUAUGGACUAAUGGCAAUUUCAGGUUGCCUAAUGUUUGGUUCAGAGGUGCGGUCCCAAAUAACCUUAAAUCUUCCAAGUGACAAAAUUAGUUCAAAAAUUGUCAUAUACGCCACUCUGAUCACUCCAAUUGCCAAAUAUGCACUAAUAGUAACACCAAUUGUGGAUGCUAUUGAGAAUAGACUGCCAGCUGGUUCCAAGAAAAAGUCAUCGAGCCUUCUCAUCAGAACUGGCUUGGUAUUGAGCUCUGUCAUUGUUGCUCUGGUCAUACCCAUUUUUGGGUAUCUCAUGUCAUUCGUGGGCGCGUUUUUAAGUGUUACUGGUUCAAUUAUACUUCCAUGCUUGUGCUUCUUGAAGAUUUCAGGCAUUCGUCGAAGGUGUGAUUUCCAGGUACUGAUCAUUGGAGGCAUUAUGUGUAUGGGCUUUGCCGCGAUGAUUAUUGGAACUUAUACAUCUCUAUUGGAGAUAAUCUGUCAUUUCGUCAGUGGGGACUAA